UUGACACACCCUUAUGACCUCAUUCAAACCCUAGUGGUAGAUACAUAAAUUUAACCCAAAACACUGUCCUUUUAGAAAACAAGAGGAAACAAAGAGAGAAAAGAAAUACACACUCAAAUGGCAUCGUUGCAAGCCAUGAUGGUGUUCAUGACAAGGCGUGACCCCCUACCAUAAAAAUCUCCCUCAUUGCUUCUUCACUUUCUCUUGCACUCUCUCGUUUUCUUUUGCUCUCUAAAACGCACCAUUCUCUUUGUUUCUUCUUCUUCUUCUUUGCCAUGACUUUGCCCAUCGAGUUCCAACAACAUUUUAAGAGUAGAAUUUGUUUCAAUGGAAGCAAUUCUCACUAGGAAAUGGAUCCGAACGUCAUUGAGAUUCCACCUCCGACUACAAACAAUAACAACACUUGUAAUUCAAUUAAACAAAAAGAGGCCAUUUUUCAUCAUGAGGUGAUCAACACAGACAAAGACAAUGAUUCUACCAAGUUAAUAUUAUUUGGUCAGAAAGUUGGCAAGGGGAAAGCGAUUCAGACCACCCAUCAAAACAUGGAAGUGUGUGAGGAUGUGAUAGGUAAAUCUAGAUGGACUUAUGGUCAUAGUUCUAGUUCUGAGAGCUCAAAUGAUGAAGAAGAUGAUGACAAUUGCUUUGAUUUUUUUUCAAAAGAUUAUAUGACAUCUCAGUCUUCAUUGUCACUAGAGCCUACUAUUAAGGACCCUCCUGGAGUACAAUACUCUCAAACUCCCCUGAGUAAGAAGAAAUCAAAUGGCUCACAACAAAGGAGGCGGAAGUUAAAGUUGCCAUGGGAAAUGGGGUCAUCUAAAUCUUUUGAGAGUGAGAAGAAGCCUAACAUUUGUUAUUCUUCUAACCAUAAAUUUGUAAACAAUUUUGAGGCCAAGAAACUGCCGCUUGCAGGUGGAACACCACAUUGGGGACUGCCACCUGCAGAUGGGGCACUGGAUUGGGGAUUGUUGUUUGUUGGUGGGGCACUAAAAUGGGAAUUUUCACAUGUGGGUGGAAUACCAUAUUGGGGACUGCUACCUGCAGGUGCUGUAAGCGGGACUCCGCUUGAGACACCACAAUGGGGACUGUCACCUGCAGGGGGUGGAACACCAAAAUGGAGAUUGUCGCAUGUAGGUGGAACACCACAUUGGGGACUACAACCUGCAGGGAGUAGGGCACCAAAAUGGGGAUUAUCGCAUAUAGGUGGAACAUCACAUUGGGGACUGCCACCUGCAGGUGGUAUAGCUGGGACUCCUCUUGAGACACCACAAUGGGGACUGCCGCCUGUAGGGGGUGGAACAUCAGAAUGGGGAUUGUCGCAUGUAGGUGGAACACCACAUUGGGGACUACAACCUGUAAGGAGUGGGGCACCAGAAUGGGGAUUACCGCAUAUAGGUGGAACAUCACAUUUGGGACUGCCACCUGCUGGGGGUGGGACACAAAAAUGGGAAUUAUCACAUGUAGGUGGAACACAACAUUGGGGACUGUUACAUGCAAGUGGUGUAGGCGGGACACCACCUGCAGGUGGGGCACCAGAAUGGGGAUUGUCACAUAUAAGUGGAACACCACAUUGGGGACUGUCACCUACAAGUGGUGUAGGCGGGACACCGCUUGCGGGUGGGGCACCAAAUUGGGGACAAGCUGGAGUUUCAAUGAUGACAGUUUACAAUCCAUAUCAUUCAAAUUUUGUUGGACCUUCAUAUCAUCAUCCAGGAUCUGAAUCUAUUAAUCAGAUGUGGUCGACGAAUGCUUAUAAUUUGCAGGCAUUCCCUAAUUAUAAUUAUUAUUAUCCAUAUGAUUAUAAUUAUACAGCUCCCUUUGCUCAUCAUUUUCAUGUCCCUCCUGGGCCAUUGAUUCAUAACUCUUGGGUUUAUAAUUCUGUGGGAGAUGGAAAUAAUGAGGCAACUGCCAAUAAUACCGUUGCUACAAUAUCUGAUGAAGCUAGAGGGGAAAUUCUGAGGAAAUUUCAAAGCUUUAAACAAUUUGACGUUAUUGAAGACGUUUCAGACCAUCACUUUGUUCAUGCCAACUCUUCCAUGGAACAGCAUUCAAAGCAUUGGGCUAAAAGAAUCCAGGGAGAGUGGAAGUCAUUGGAGAAGGAUUUACCAGAUUCAAUAUUUGUCAGAGUUUAUGAAUCGAGAAUAGAUCUUCUAAGGGCCGUGAUUAUUGGAGCAAAGGGAACACCUUAUCAUGAUGGCCUUUUCUUUUUUGAUGUUUUCUUCUCGAGUGGCUAUCCGCAUGUACCUCCACAAGUUCACUACCAUUCUGGCGGGCUUAGGCUCAACCCAAAUUUAUAUAGUAGUGGAAAAGUUUGUCUUAGUCUUCUUAACACCUGGACCGGCCAUCAAAAUGAGCAGUGGAUUCCAGGUGUUUCAACAAUUUUACAGGUUCUGGUCUCUAUACAGGGUCUAAUCUUGGUUGCGAAGCCUUUCUUUAAUGAGCCUGAAUAUGCACAUUUAAGCAAUUCGCAAUAUGGUGAAAUUAGUUCUUUGAAGUACAAUGAGGACACAUUCAUCCUAUCAUUGAGGACAAUGAUAUACAUAAUGAGAAGGCCUCCAAAGAAUUUCAAGGACUUUGUUGCUGGGAACUUUUGCAGCCGAGCUCAUGAUAUUCUGGUGGCAUGCAAGGCAUACAUUGAUGGUGCUCAAGUUGGUUGUGUGGUCAAAGGUGGGGCACAAGAUGUUGAUCAAGGUGACAGUAGCAGCUCAGUCCAGUUUAGGACAUCUUUAGCUGCAUUUGUGAAUAUGCUUGUUAAUGAGUUUACACAAGUUGGAGCUAAGGAUUGUGACAAAGUCUUUCCAUUAACUGCUGUGGGAAAUUCGUCCAGUGAAAUGCUAACAACAGUGGGAAAUCCAUCUGGUGUAAAGCUGACAGCAGUGGGAAAUAUGUCCGGUGAAAUGGUGGCAGCAGUGGGAAAUGCGUCUGGUGAAAUGCUUGUUGCUGCUGCAUCAAUUCCUUGAUCAACCAAAUGUUGAGACUUGAUAAAGGCUUAUAUUAAUUGCAUUUAGUUUAUACAGGCUAAAAACAUUUGUUUCAUGUUAUAUUGAACUCAUCAUAGAUUAUAUUCUCUUGAAUAAUGUCUGCCCUUUAUCUUGAAAUACUGUAUAUAAUUGCAGAUGAAUAUGUUUAAUCCAUAGGAGGGCAUAAGAUCCUUGUUCAUUUUUAAUCUGGCUUAUGUGUUUCGUUGGUUAUGUUGGGGAGCCUGCACAUGAAAUGGCCGGGCUAGUUGAUAAUUGUUUGUUCAUAUAGUCAUUCCAUUAAGAAAUCAAGUUGUGCCAUGCAUAUUUUAGUA